GCGAGAGUUGCUUUUCUUUUCUUUUAUUUCUCUUCUUUUCUCUUAUCCCUUCUGUUCAUAUCAUUUGGAGGACUUCGUCUUGGAGGCCGGGAUCAUGUGGUUUUCAUGCAUAUUUGUUUGAGAUUUUCAUCAUGAAAAGGGCAUGGGAUGCGAUCUUUUCAGGCAUGGGAACGGUGGCAAAGGGGCUAGAGAUAGGAGGAAAAGCUGAAGCAUUAAUGGAUAACGUUGUGAGCGAGGACGAUAUGCAAACUCUCAGACGUAAGUUGCAACAAUUGGAAAGCAUUAAAGCUGAUAAAGUGGAAGAAUUACAAACAGCAGUGUUGCAGACUGCCAAGAAACCGAUGAAUGAACUUCAAAUUUGGUCGAGGAAUAUAUCAAUGGCGAAAGUUAAAGUUCAGAACAUGGAACAAGAAGUGAAACAAGGUGGGUUGAGUGGCAAACUAUUAGGAAAGCGUGUAAAGAAAAUGAUGGAAGAAAUGAAAGAGCUAAUUGAUCAGAAUGCUAGAUUUCAAGGACGUCUUGUAAGUGAUGCAGGUGAUAAUAGUAGAGUUGCAUUGUUGGCCCCAAAAUUAGUUUGCCAAGCAUUUGAAAUAAACAAGGAGAAGAUAUGGCAGUAUUUAGAGGAGGGUGAGGGCUUUUGCAUUGGUAUUUGGGGGAUGGGAGGAGUGGGAAAAACCACGCUUUUGACAUAUAUCUACAAUGAGCUCCUCCGAAAACAGAAGAAUGUUUAUUGGAUCACUGUAUCACAAGACUUCAGUGUAAGGAAAUUGCAGAAUCAUAUUGCCAAAGCUAUUGAUCGUGAUAUUUCCAUAGAAGAUGACGAGAAGAAAAGGGCUGCGUUGCUCUGGAAUGCACUGAGUAAUAAACAAAAAUUUGUUCUCAUUCUAGAUGAUUUGUGGGAAAAUUUUUCUCUAGAGAAUGUGGGUAUACCUAUCUCCAAAGAAAACGGAUGCAAGUUGAUCUUUACAAGUCGUUCAUUAGAAGUUUGUAACAAGAUGGAUUGCCGGAGGAAGAUCAAAGUGGAGCCUCUUUCUGAAGAAGAAGCUUGGAAUUUGUUCCAAGAGAAACUUGGUGAAAAAAUCCUCGAUGAUGGUAGCGAGAUCGCAAAAUCUAUUGCAAAGAGAUGUGCUGGUUUACCUCUUGGAAUUAUAACUAUGGCUAGCAGCAUGAAGGGAGUGGAUGAUUUAAGUGAAUGGAGGAACACAUUGAGGAUUUUGGAAGAUUCAAAAGUUGGAGAAGGUGAUAACGAAUUCGAGGUAUUCCGAAUACUGAAAUUUAGCUACGAUCGCUUAGGAAAUUCAGCAUUGCAAAAGUGCUACUUAUAUUGUGCAUUAUAUCCCGAAGAUCGUAAGAUUAGAAGAGUGGAGCUGAUAGACUAUUUGAUUGCUGAGGGAGUAAUAGAAGAGAAAAGCAGACAAGCAGAAUUUGACAAGGGACAUACCAUGCUCAAUAAACUUGAAAAGGUUUGCUUGUUGGAACCUGUUUGUGACAAUCAAAACUACAGAUGUGUGAAGAUGCAUGACUUGAUUAGGCAUAUGGCCAUUCAAUUAAUGAAAGCAGACAUAGUGGUUUGUGCAAAGUCAAGAGCACUAGAUUGCAAAAGUUGGACAGCUGAACUUGUAAGAAUUUCAUCAAUGUAUAGUGGCAUAAAAGAAAUUCCUUCUAACCAUUCACCACCAUGUCCUAAAGUUUCUGUCCUAUUGUUGCCCGGCAGUUAUUUGCGAUGGAUUCCAGAUCCUUUCUUUGAGCAAUUGCAUGGGCUCAAGAUUCUUGAUCUUUCAAAUUCAGUAUUUAUUGAAGAAUUGCCUACUUCGGUUUCUAACCUAUGCAAUCUUAGUACAUUAUUACUCAAACGUUGCUAUGGGCUAAGGCGUGUGCCAUCAUUAGCAAAGCUCAAAUCACUGAAAAAGUUGGAUCUCAAUUUUAGUGGAGUUGAAGAAGUGCCUCAAGACAUGGAAUUCCUCUCCAAUCUUAAGCACCUAGGUCUUUUUGGAACGUUCAUAAAGGAGUUCCCACCUGGCAUAUUACCGAAGCUUUCUCGUCUGCAAGUCCUCCUACUUGACCCAAGAUUACCGGUUAAAGGAGUGGAAGUGGCAUCCUUGAGAAAUUUGGAAACUUUGUGCUGCUGUUUAUGUGAUUUUAACGAGUUCAACACAUAUUUCCAAUCUUCAAAAGAGCGUCCUGGGCUAGCAUUAAGAGACAAAGGCUUUUGGAUUCAUCAGCUGAAGGAUUAUUUUGUUUGGGUAGGAAAGGAAUCUAAUGACCUUCCAAAAAUGAAAGACAAGAUUUUUAAUUUUGAGGAAGAACUAGAGUUUGUGCUUGGUAAGAGAGCAGUUUUGGGUAAUUAUAGUGUCAUGAGAGGAGAAGGUUCUCCAAAGGAGUUCAAAAUGAUUGAAAUUCAAUCUUACCACACAGGAUGGCUGUGCUUGGAAAAUGAAUCUCCAUGGAAGAAGUUGGAGAUUUUGAAUUGUGUUGGAAUUGAAUCCUUGUUUCCAUUGUGCUCCUCUUCUGUACUUCAAACCCUUGAAAAGAUACAAAUCAGGCAUUCGAUGAACUUACAUGUACUCUUUAAUAUAGCUCCACCAGCUGCAACAGUACGUAAUGGUACCUUUUCCCUUCUUAAAACAUUUGAGAUUUAUGGUUGCCCAAGCAUGAAGAAGCUGUUCCCUCAUGGCUUGAUGGCAAACCUUAAAAACCUGUCACAAAUUUAUGUUAGGUAUUGUGAGAAUAUGGAGGAACUGAUAGCAAUAGAAGAAGAACAAGAAAGCCAUCAGAGCAAUGCCAGUAAUUCAUACACAAUCCCAGAAUUACGUUCUUUCAAGUUGGAACAAUUACCAGAGCUGAAGAGCAUUUGUAGCAGACAAAUGAUUUGCAAUCAUCUCCAAUAUCUUUGGAUAAUAAAUUGUCCAAAGCUAAAACGAAUACCAAUAUCUCUUGUCCUGCUGGAGAAUCAUCAAAUAGCUCCUCUCCCUUCUCUUCAAGAAAUCAUAGUAAGCCCCCCAGAAUGGUGGGAGAUGGCCGAGGUGGAUCAUCCUAACGCUAAGAAUAUCCUCUCACCCCUCGUCUUAUUCUAGCAGCAAGCCUUCAUCAUUAAAUCUUCAGCUUUUCUUUUUUUUGUCAUUUAACACAAACCAUCUUAAUAUUUCUUAUUUUUCUUCACUUUGCAAGACCGACAUUAAAAGCAUACAGAGCGUUGUCGUAAAUGAUUAGGUUAUUAAUGAAUGCAUUAGGAAAUGCAUACAGAAACCAUCUUGGGCGAACUAGUAAAUGCAGUAG